CAACUUUAAUGAGAAGUCUAUAAAAAUUGUGUGUUACCAAAGAUCUGUCUUAUUUGGCAGUUGCUGCCUCACUCACAGCUUUUGAUAUCUAGGAGGACUCUUCUCUCCCAAACUACCUGUCGCGAUGGCCCACCGAUUUCCAGCCCUCACCCCAGAGCAGAAGAAGGAGCUCUCAGAAAUUGCCCGUAGCAUUGUUGCCAAUGGAAAGGGGAUCCUGGCUGCAGAUGAAUCUGUAGGAACCAUGGGGAACCGCCUACAGAGGAUCAAGGUGGAAAACACCGAAGAGAAUCGCCGGCAGUUCCGAGAAAUCCUCUUCUCUGUGGACAGUUCCAUCAACCAGAGCAUCGGGGGUGUGAUCCUUUUCCAUGAGACCCUCUACCAGAAGGACAGCCAGGGAAAGCUGUUCAGAAACGUCCUCAAGGAAAAGGGUAUCGUGGUGGGAAUCAAGUUAGACCAAGGAGGUGCUCCCCUUGCAGGAACAAACAAAGAAACCACCAUUCAAGGGCUUGACGGCCUCUCAGAGCGCUGUGCUCAGUACAAGAAAGAUGGCGCUGACUUUGGGAAAUGGCGUGCUGUGCUGAGGAUUGCCGACCAGUGUCCAUCCAGCCUCGCUAUCCAGGAAAACGCCAAUGCCCUGGCUCGCUACGCCAGCAUCUGUCAGCAGAAUGGACUGGUACCUAUUGUUGAACCAGAGGUAAUUCCUGACGGAGACCAUGACCUGGAACACUGCCAGUAUGUUACUGAGAAGGUCCUGGCUGCUGUCUACAAGGCCCUGAAUGACCAUCAUGUUUACCUGGAGGGCACCCUGCUAAAGCCCAACAUGGUGACUGCUGGACACGCCUGCACCAAGAAGUAUACUCCGGAGCAAGUGGCUAUGGCCACCGUAACAGCUCUCCACCGUACCGUUCCUGCAGCUGUUCCUGGCAUCUGCUUUUUGUCUGGUGGCAUGAGUGAAGAGGAUGCUACUCUCAACCUCAAUGCCAUCAACCUUUGCCCUCUACCAAAGCCCUGGAAACUAAGUUUCUCUUAUGGACGGGCCCUACAGGCCAGUGCACUGGCUGCCUGGGGUGGCAAAGCUGCAAACAAGGAGGCAACCCAGGAGGCUUUUAUGAAGCGGGCCGUGGCUAACUGCCAGGCGGCCAAAGGACAGUACAUUCACACGGGCUCUUCCGGGGCUGCUUCCACCCAGUCGCUCUUCACAGCCUGCUACACCUACUAGGGUUCAAUGCUCGCCAGCCUAGCUCCAGCGCUUCUAGUAGGAGGGUUGAAUGGGAGCAACUUUUCCUCCAAUCCUGGAAAUUCGACACAAUUAGAUUUGAACUGCUGGAAAUACAACACAUGUUAAAUCUUAAGUACAAUGGGGGAAAAACCAAAUCAGUUAUUGAAACAUAAAAAUGAAUACCAAGGACCUGAUCAAAUUUCACACAGCAGUUUCGUUGCAACACUUUCAGCUCCCCAUGCUCCAGAACACCCACCCAAGAAAAUAAUAGGCUUUAAAACAGUAUCAGCUCCUCAUCCAAAGAACAACUGCUGAUUGAAACACCUCAUUAGCUGAGUGUAGAGAAGUUCAUCUUAUGAAACAGUCUUAGCAGUGGUAGGUUGGGAAGCAGAUAGCUGCAACCAAAAAAGAAAUAAAUAUUCUAUAAACCUUCAGCUGCUAUCAGGUUUCACUUUUCUGCUCUUGUUGUCCAAAGACUCAGUGUAUUUCAUUACUUUUGACUCUACUAGACAUGACUGGGUUUCAACAGUAAAGGUCUUCAACUCUGGCUAUUCAUUGGAAUUAAGUUGCAAAAUUUUAAAAACUCAGAUGCUCAGGCCACACCCCAGCUCAAUUAAAUCAGAAACUAGACCUGGAAUCCUCUACCUAUUAGAUUUCUUAAAGUUCCCUCUGAUUCCAAUGUACAGUCAAGUUUGAGAACUACCAAUCUAAACUUCCAGUUUGAGGGUAUUUGAAAAUUUAAAGCCAUUCACAAUAUGAAGACAGCUAAAAAUGUAGAAUGAUUUUGAGCAACUUGUGGAGUGUAAUAAGAUAAUUCAUGUGA